CUUACAUCUUUGCGCAGUCUCAGUAGACUAUUGGGUGAAAGAGUGAUAUACUGACAAUUUUCAACGUGAAGUGAAACUGAAGAACACGAAAGAAGAUUUGUGGAAAAAGAAGAGAUUUGGGGGAUUUGUGUGUGUAUUUGGGGGACUUGAACCCGGGUUCUUCUUCGUCCUGGAUAAGGGCGCUCUUUGCUGCGCCAUCGAGACCCUGUUGCGCUUUUUACUUUUUCGAAGUCCUUUCCUCGCACAUAUAGGAGAGGCGCUACCGAUUCGACAAUAUAUUGAUCAACAAGUACAGUAUUCAGGACUACUGAUUUGACGAAUUAAUACCGAUUAUUCGCUAAAACAAUGGCUGCUACUUUCGAUCAAUAUGACAAAUCCAGUUGGUAUUUUGGUGCAAUGUCACGACAAGAUGCCUCGGAUUUACUCAUGGGUGAAAAAGAAGGUGGCGUAUUCUUAGUACGUGACAGCACAUCAAUCCAUGGCGAUUUUGUUUUAUGUGUACGAGAAGACAGCAAGGUUAGCCAUUAUAUUAUAAAUAAAAUUCAGCAGGGUGAUCAAAUACGUUAUCGGAUUGGAGAUCAAACGUUUCCUGAUAUUCCAAACCUUUUGGCUUUUUACAAAUUACAUUAUUUGGACACUACUCCAUUGAUCAGGCCUGCACCUAAAAAAAUACAAAGGGUAAUAGCAAAAUAUGAUUUUGAGGGGAAUGAUCCUGAUGAUUUACCUUUUAGAAAAGGAGAAAUUCUUACAAUUAUAUCAAAAGAUGAAGAACAAUGGUGGACUGCUAGAAACAGUCUUGGUCAAACUGGUUCAGUCCCAGUUCCAUAUGUUCAAAAAUAUGAAGAAGAUAAUCACUCUGUGAUUGAGAACAAUUCACGUCCUGAAAGUGGAGGAUGUUCAACUACAAAUUCUAAUUCAGUUCAAGUUUCUGCUUCUCAAAUGUCUUAUCCAGAAGGUGGACAGGGGACUACUCGUAGAUCAAAUAUUCAGAGAACAUUACCAGCUUUUGCAAAAGUAAAACAAGCAAGAGUACCAAAUGCAUAUGAUAAAACUGCCCUAAAACUAGAAGUUGGAGAUGUGAUAAAAGUAACAAAGACUAAUAUAAAUGGUCAGUGGGAAGGUGAAUUGCAUGGCAAAGUUGGUCACUUUCCAUUCACACAUGUUGAGUUUGUAGAUAAUGAAACUGGAGAAGACAAUCAGGAGAUUUAACGGAAGUCUUCCAAGUGUGAUGAAUAAAAAAAUUGACUUGGAAAGUUUUAUGUUGGCAGUUUAGAUUUAUAUUA